AUGUAUUCUAUCAAAGUCCAGCAAGAUGAUUCCAGUGAAGAUUUUAUCAGUCAAUUACCCAAUGAACUUCUUCGUCAUAUUCUAUCUUUUUUACCAACAAAGGAUAUAGUAAGCACUUCUGCAUUAUCUUCAAGAUGGCGGUCCUUGUGGACUUCCUUUGCCAUUGUUAAUUUUAACUUCGAUGCUUGGAAAGAAAAGCAGAAAGAACGUCCUAGUUUCUUAGAUAAGGUUCAGAGAGAGCUCCUCAUUCCUGACACUACACGCAUACGAAAAUUUCAUCUGCACUCCGAUUGUGCCGUCUGUUUUUCCCAAAUACUAGCAUCCAUGUCAAUAGUAUCAGAAGUAGUUAACCAUAAAGUCGAAGAGCUUGACCUUUCUAUUCCAUAUCACUUAGAAUCCAAUUUGUUUACCUUUCCUCAUUGCCUUUUUACUUCCCAGACAUUGAUUUCUUUGAAGUUACAUAUGACUCAGGUUACCUUAAUCAAUUUUCCAACCUCCAUAUUCUUACCCAGACUUAAAACCUUGUAUCUGGAUUACAUUAAAUUCCAGGAUGAGCACUCUGCUCAGCUCCUCCUCUCUGCCUGCCCUGUCCUGAAAGAGUUGUGUAUAGACAACUGUGGUUGGACCAAAACAACAGAAAUCACCAUCUCUAUUCCCACCCUUUUGACAUUAUCCCUUAUUUUCUUCGACGAAAACCCCCCAGAUAUUUCAAUAAAGAUUUGUACUCCAAACCUUUUAAACUUUUACCACACGAGUUCUUUGCAAGUCGAACUCAUAACUUGUAACCUAUCUUCAGUAACUCGUGCUGAAGUUGAUGUUUUCGGUUCGUUGGGUUAUGACCAACGAGUUCGAGCUCAGGCUGCUCAUCGCACGCUUCAAUUAUUGAAAGCAAUUCGGGGUGUCAAAUUUCUUGAACUAUCAUAUGAAACACUUCAGGGUAUCUCAUUUGCAGAAAAUUUCCAAGCUAAUCAUCUUCCUACAUUUUACAACUUGACUGAUUUGAAUGUAAAUUUCAACUUUGCUAAUCGUGAUGGAGCUGCACUGAUGCAUGUUCUUCAAAAGUCACCAAAUCUACGAUCUCUACACUUUCCCCAAGGAUUUGAUGAGGAAUAUCAGAAGAAUGUUAUACCAGUUAAGGAUAAUGCAGAAGAGGUUCGAUUCUUAAAUAUAUACACAAGAAUGCUAAGGCUUUGGAGUGGUUUUCAGUCCAUUGUUCAGAAGAUCUAUCAGAAGACCUGGGAAAGGAGGAGGAGAUAA